AUGUCCCUCGCCAUCCCCGGAGCUUACCCGUUUGAGCCAGCAUCAGCUGCUUCAGCAGCGGCACCGUCAUCUGACGACGCCGACCGCCAGUUCCAGCACGAGUUCGCCUUCAAGCAGUGCCUCACCCGCAAAACCCGCGCCCAGCACGACUUGUUUACCCACGUCGACGCCGUCGUGUACCUACUUGUCGGGUUUCAGUUUAUCCGCUACUGCCACAUGGCGUGCCUUGUACCUGCUGCCGCCCACUUACUCGUACAGAGAAUCCUUGGCCGCGAUCUUCUAGACAGCGGCGUGCUUAACCGCUUAGAUCACAGCAUCCGGCGCCAGUUUGAGGCGACGAUAUCGGUCAAUUUCUACGUGUGGAUAUGGUGGAAAACCCUAUUGGCGGUUGUGUAUCACGUGGGGUUUGUCUGGUGGUAUUCGGUGCCAAUGGUCAACGCCGGCCUCUGGGACAAAUUGGGUAAUGGAGAUUGGUGGUUUGUCCUGUUUAUCGGCGAGGAAAUCGCUCCCAUCGACAUUGACAGUGACAUGCUUACUAAGCUUACCAAAGUUGGAUUAUGGCAUUUGAUAGUUGUCGAUGUCGUCAUUGGCUUUUGUCAGCUUGUGCUCCACCAGGCGGUGUUUCGCCAGUCGACGAUCAACGAGCGGAGAUUGGACUCCGAAGAAGUAUACUUAGUACGGUCGGUGGGGGACUCGCUGGGUCGCCCUGACGUUUCCGUUGACCCAGAAUGGGAGACCCCCUUGGUGCUUACGGUGAAGAUGUACGAAGAGUAUGACAUGGCUAAGUCUAAGAACCACACCGCCCACAACCAAACCAGAAAGGCCCACAGAAACGGGAUCAAGAAGCCCAGAACCCACAAGUACCCUUCGCUCAAGGGUGUUGACGCCAAGUUCAGAAGAAACCACAGAUACGCUUUGCACGGUACUGCCAAGGCCUUGGCCGCUGCCAGAGCCGAAAAGAAGUAA